AUGUCCUGGGCCUACGCCGCGCUUCUCGUGCCGUGCGCCGCGUACAUGCUUGCACUGCUCGCCCCGUCUGCCGCCGACUUGCUGUGCGCGCACGCGAGCAUGGCAUGCGCCGCAUGGGGCGACGCGUUCUUGCGCCGCGCCGCGCCAGUGGCUAGCGUGCACGCCGCGAUCCAGUACAUGGACCGUGCGCUUCCUGCGCUGGGCGUUUCGCUCGUGCUUGCGGUGCUUGGGUACGGCGCAACCUACCUUGCGAUUGCAUGGUCGCACCGCGCAUUUGCCGCGCACGGCCUGUGCGGCCGCGAUCUGCUGAAGCGCACCGGCGCGCCGGUCCCCGAGUCUUUGGGGUUACCGUGCGCGGUAAUCUACCUCGUCUUGCUCCUCUUGUUCAUUCCUUUCCGCCACUUCGGGUGUGCUGCGUCGCUGUAUGCGGACCACGCGCAGAACCUCGCGCUGUACCUAUCUGCCCUGCUCUCCAUGUACUCGGGCGCCUUGCUUGGGUUUGUUGACGACGUGCUGGAUAUCCGAUGGCGGUUCAAGCUGCCGAUCCCGCUGCUCUCGAGCAUCCCGAUGCUCAUGGUCUACAUUGCCGAAGGCGGUGCGACCAGCGUCGUCGUACCUGCAUGGCCGCCCGUGCUCCGCGCAUUCCUGCGCCGCACCACGCUCGAGCUCGGCGCGCUGUACUAUGUAUACAUGAUGCUGCUGGCCAUCUUUUGUACCAACUGCAUCAAUAUCCUCGCGGGCAUCAACGGUGUCGAGGUGGGCCAGGCGCUGGUGAUUGCAGUGAGUGUGUGCAUCAACGAUCUGCUGUACCUCGACGUGCCGGCGGUGGUGCAGCAGGCCUUUUUUGGGCGAGAUGUGCAGGUUUCGCUCCCGCUGCACAACAGCGUAGACCUCGCCGCGCGCCAUCUAUUCAGUCUGCACCUGCUCCUCCCGUUUAUCGGCACGAGCGCCGCACUGUUGGCCUGGAAUCGCUACCCAUCGCGCGUGUUUGUGGGGGAUACGUACUGCUACUUUGCCGGGAUGGUGCUGGUGGCCUGCGGCGUGCUUGGCCACUACUCCAAAACCCUGCUCCUCUUUUUCCUCCCGCAAAUCGCCAACUUUUUGCUGAGCGCGCCGCAGCUGUUUCACUUGGUGCCGUGCCCGCGGCAUCGGAUCCCGUACCUCGAUGCCGCCACGGGACGCCUCUAUCCGUCGUGCGUGGUCUGGGAGCCGCGCGGCAUGCGCGGCAUGCUGGGGGGCGCUUGCAUAGACAUGUUUGUGCGCAUGCGUUUGGUGUGCCGCGUCUACGAUACCCACGGCAAGGUGCUCGGUGUGUCCAACCUGACCUUGCUGAAUGCCAUCCUUGUUUUUUGCGGCGCACGGCCGGGACUGGCUUCGGAGGCUACAAAACGAGACGACGUGGCGCUGCGUGUGGAUGCACUGCAGGGCACCGUGUGGCUCUCCGAGCGCGGGUUGUGGUACGCUAUGAUGGGCGUGCAGGUCGCCGGGUCAGUGCUCGCAUUUCUCGUACGCUACAGACUUGCCAACGCCAUCUUUCCUUAG